AUGCUAGUGGGAGUUUUUUAUCGGCCGCCCUCGACAGACUUGAACGAUAUGCAAGAACUGGAAAAAUCUUUAUCGAUGAUUGAGCGUAAUGGAAAAAACUUAACAUUUGUAUUACUUGGAGAUUUUAACUUCCCAAAUAUUAAUUGGUCUGCUCCGUCGCCUUCGACUUUAUGCAGCGACAGUACUUCUGCAUAUUUUUGUGACAUGAUCGAUGACAACUUUUUACAUCAAAUGAUAAAUGUACCUACUCGAAAGGGUACCAUUAUGAACCUUGUCCUUGUAAAUAAACCAGAAUUAAUGCUUAGGUCAAACGUUCGUGAAGGCUUAGCUAACUCUGAUCAUGAUUCUAUUGAAUUUGCACUGAAAGUUAAGAUUGCUCGCCAUAAAUGUAGUCCCAGACUAGUAUAUGAUUAUAUAAAUGCUGACUGGGACGGUUUAAAAGAGGAUUUUAGAAAUAUCCCAUGGAACUGUAUUGACUUGGUAUUGGAUAUUGAGGUUGUUUGGAGUUCAUGGAAGAGUUUGUUUUUCAAAGCUGUUGAACGUAAUAUCCCUUCCAAAUUCCUUUCGUCUAAGCGGAAUGUUCCUUGGUUUAACUCGGACAUUAAGAAAUUAAUUCACAAAAAACAAAGGCUAUGGAAAAUAGCAAAAUCCUCUGGGAGUCCUGAUAAAUGGUCCAAUUAUAAAAAAUUGAAUAAUGAAGUUAAAGAUAAAUUAAGGAAAGCUUACUUCAGAUAUGUUAAUAAUCUUACAAACUCCCUUGGGGCGAACCCAAAGAAGUUUUGGACUUUUGUCAAGUCCCGCACAGGUACAUCAAGUGUUCCAAAAACAAUCAAACUUAAUGGCCUUAAAGGGUACAGUCCUUCAUCAAUUGCCCAUCUUUUUAACACAUUUUUUCAUUCUGUAUUCAAUAAACGUGACAAAUCAUCAUCUACCCAUUGUAUACAAAUCAUGUCAUUAAAAACUUGGUAUGUUCGGUAGACGAUGUUGCUAGUCUAUUAUCUGAAUUAGAUAUUACUAAAUCUUCCGGUCCAGAUAACAUUUCACCAAGGAUUUUAAAAGAAUGUGCUUAUGAACUCACUCCUUCCCUGACUCGUAUAUUCAAUUUAUCACUGAGUACUGGUGAGUUACCUAACGACUAG